UAUGUCAGAAUUUCGGUUCCUUAUUUUCAUAUUUCUGUGAGUUGGAGGCUAGGGUUUUCGGAUUCUUGCGUUUUCAUCUUUGCAAAUCAGAACCAUGGGGCACUCCAACGUGUGGAACUCUCAUCCCAAGAACUAUGGGCCUGGUUCUCGCACCUGCCGCGUGUGUGGGAACCCUCAUGGAUUGAUUAGGAAGUAUGGGCUCAUGUGCUGUAGGCAGUGUUUCCGUAGCAAUGCCAAGGAAAUUGGCUUCAUUAAGUACCGCUGAAUGAAUGAUCAGUGUCUAUCUUUCCCUACCGUUUUGGAUUAUGGCAUUAGUGAUGAUAAUGUGGGGAUGGUUUCAUUGUUUGAAGAAUUUUAAGAAUUUCUAUUGCAUUUAGUCAAGUUAAUUAUCACACUCAAGUUGUUGAAUUGAGAAUAUUUUUGUUUUAUAUAAUUGUUUCUCUGGCAA